GUCCCAUAGAGAUUAUUCCCUCUCAAUGCGCGGUUCCCUUAGUGGGAGGCUCCUUAGGUUGCCGAUGGAACUCUCUUCGCUUAGUCUCCUAGACCACGGUCUUUUCUCCUAACAUUUAGCGUGCAUUCCGUCUGCAUUGGCUUGGGAACUGCUUUCAAGCGAGAGGUCGGUGUGUUGUGAUCGCCCACUUUGCGGGCUGUUUGUGGUUUGACCUUGAUAAACGGAACUGCCCGACAUGGCUAAGUUUCUAGCGACACCAAGUAUGAGGAGUCUUUUCAAGUCUAGCAAGCCGAAGUCGCCUGCUGAGCUGGUAAAGUCGACCGUUGAGUUGCUGACGUCCUUGCGAAGCUCCCAAGACGCGAAAAAGACUGCGAAGAUAGUAGAAGACCUGGAGAAGCAUUUGUAUGACAUGCGUAUCGUGUUGUAUGGGGACACUGAGACGUUCCCUAACGCAGACGCAGUAACUCUUGUGGGGGCAGAGGUGUUCAAGGGGGAUUUUCUUGAACUUCUUAUACGGAACCUUAGCUACCUAACUCUAGAUUCAAAACGAGAUGCGGUUCAGAUCAAUGCUAGCCUGCAAAAGAGGCAGAUUCAAAAUCGUAUGGUCGCGGGCGAGUACCUCAUGGAGCAUACGGACCUUCUGGAUCUCCUCAUAAAAGGAUAUGACGAUCCAGUCCUGGCGCUCUACUACGGGUUGAUGCUCCGGGAGUGCAUUCGCCACCAAUCAGUUGCGAAGUACGUCUUGGAAAGCAAAGAUUUCUUCAAAUUCUUCCAUCACGUGGAGCUACCCAGUUUUGAAGUUUCUUCUGACGCUGCUGCAACAUUUAGGGAGCUCUUGAUGCGGCACAAGGCCACAGCUGCUGAUUUUGUAUUGAAGAAUUACGACAAGUUCUUUGAAGCAUACAACAAGUUAUUGCAAUCAUCUUCUUACAUUACAAGACGCGUUGCAACUAAGCUCUUGGCAGACAUGCUUUUGGAUCGUGCCUAUGUGAUGGUGACAUUGAGAUAUGCGAGCGAUGUUGGCAAUCUGAUUGUGUCCAUGAAUCUUCUCAGGGAUACAAGCAAAGUGAUUCAAGUUGAUGCAUUUCACAUCUUCAAGGUGAUUGUGGCCAAUCCGAAGCGGCCACAAGAUGUUCAGCUGAUUCUUCUCAAGAACAAAGAUAAGCUGCUUCGUUUUCUGCCAGCGUUGACACUCGAGAAGGGAACAGAAGCAGAGGUUUCGUCAUUCGAGGGGGACAAACAAGCAAUUCUGAAAGUGAUCGAAUCAAUGCAACUUAGAGACAUUUCCACUGAGUCGUGAUAUCCAGCUAGCAACCGUAUCAUGCUCUCAGGGUGCAGUAGCACCUGUAUCAGUAACUCAUAGCAAUGCAUUGUAGAGCAUUGCUAUAGCAUCUCCUUAGCCUUCCCAAUCUUUAGGCGAUGUAUGCAUUGCUUCUUAAGAAGUGUAAUCCAAAUUACUUAAGUU